AGCAGAUUUGCGGGGCUGGAACUCCCGAUACGCCUCCCGCUGAUAUCGGGGAGCCGAACUCGAGCCCGAACUCGUGUCGACUUUCACCAGGCCCGUUUUCGUGCAUGGCCGCCAGUAGUGACAGCAGCCGAUACCUCCAUGGAAACCGGCACCCACUACGCCAUUGUAAUUGUCGCGAUUGGCUUCAAGAGGAAACCUCAUGCUGCCGAUGUCGCCAAGGCGUCGGGCGAUGCAAUGCGGUAUGCUAGGGAAUAUGCGGUGGGGAAUGGGGGCACGUCUGGUUCGCCUCGGGUCCAGCUUGGCCCAGGUUCGACCGACUGCGUUUGUGAAAAUGCAGUUCCGCCAUGCUGCGAGAAACAGCGUCAAUCAAGCCGCGAAAUCCGCAGUUUCCCGAAGGUGUCCGUCCAUUCAAAGCGCUCCGAGCCAGGCUCUAGAUUCCCGGCUACCUUGUACGAGGGUCGUAAGAACUCGAGGCUAGUACGAGGCUCGUACGAUUGCGAGCUGGUAUGGCGUGGGAUCUCUAGGCGUUGUUUUCUUGAGGCGCCGCAGGAAUUAUCCUGGCUACCUAGAACGAGGCUCGUAGGAAUACGAGGCUGGUAUCAAGUGGCACGACUUAACGAUACCGCUCCCCGCGGUAUGCAUCGUGUCGACUUGGAGGCGCCUGACUGAAGGUAUCAACCGCCUUUAACACCCCCCGAGGUCGCUUCAGUCUACUCCAUCGUCUCCCGAGGUUCCCCCCCUGCUGAUCUCCAAGUGAUUUUUCCCCCUCUUCUUUAUCGACUCGCCUCGUCGAAUCGCUUCCACUAUAUUAUAGAGUUUCUGGCUUCUCACAUCCAAGUGGUCUGCACUGCUCGUCGCCAGUCCUUGUCAGAGGUCUGUCGCUGCCCGAAUCUUAACCUUCCGCAGUGUAUCAACCAGGCUGCUACUUGCUCGUCUCACCGCGUGCUCGUGUGUGCCGGCCAUCGGUUGUCCCACCAUCGGCCGUGCCACCGUCUGCUAGGAUUCGCCUGUUGUCCGUUUAAGGCGGGAAGGAGCGCGCCAUGGGCUUCCUCACCCUCCUCGUCGUGUUCUGCGCUUUGUCAUCCGCGUGCGCCCAGCAGCCCACCCCACCCGGCCCUCUUCCAGGAGCAGGGGGGGGUGGGGCGGCAGGGGGAGGAGGGCCUGCCGGAGGAGCAGCAGGGGGAGUGCCGGUACCAGCAGGGGGAGGCGCAGCAACUGGGGGAGGCGCAGCACCAGGGGGAGGCGCAGCACCAGGGGGAGGCGCAGCAACUGGGGGAGGCGCAGCACCAGGGGGAGGUGCAGCGCCAGGGGGAGGCGCAGUUCCAGGGGGAGGCGCAGCUCCAGGGGGGGGCGCAGCACCAGGGGGGGGGGCAGUACCAGGGGGAGGCGCAGCGCCAGGGGGGGCCGCAGCGCCAGGGGGGGGCACAGCGCCAGGGGGAGGCGCAGCACCAGGGGGAGGCGCAGCACCAGGGGGAGGCGCAGCCCCAGGGGGAGGCGCAGCCCCAGAGGGAGGCGCAGCGCCAGGGGGAGGCGCAGUGCCAGGGGGGAGCGCUGCACCAGGGGGAGGAGGACCAGCAGGAAGUGGGGCAGCAGGAGGGGGAGGCCCUGGGGGCGCGGGGCCUGUGCCAGCAGCAGGGGGGGGGCUUGGGGGACCUGAGGCAGCAGUGGAAGGCAGGCCGGGGGGUCCAGGAGGAGCGGCAGACAAGAACAAAAAGAAGCUUCCACGAAUGCUGCAGCAGGGGCAGGGUGGAGGGCCGGGCGGAGCUGACCUAGGGGAUCUCUAUGCCCAUCUAGAGGCUGAGCUGGAAGGUCAGAACAAUGAUGACAUCGAAGGGGAGAUCCACGUCAUCGCCUUCCGCACCACGGGCGGUGCUUUCAACGUGCUCUACAUUCUGACUGUCAACCAGCUCCCUGACCAGACACCCCCCGCCAACGCCACCAUCACCAGCCGCAGCAACAGCUCCGUGCUGCUCACCUUCCCCGCCACGUGGCGCGAAUCCACUGGCCAGCCGGGCUUCAAGCAGAACGACAAGGACAAUGACAAUGACAAUGAUUGCCCCAGCGGCACGUGCUACAGCUACGCGGCAACGGGUUAUUGGGCGAACGUGAAUCCCCCGGUGGCUGAUCUGGUGAAUGCAAUGGUCGCAGAUGUGGAAUCGUACCGAGGCCAUGUGGGCCUGCCAUCGGGGGAGGAUGUGAGUGGGAAGUUUGAGCUCGAAUAGCCAGCCACGCUGCUGCUUCGGCGCUGCUUCGGUGCUGCGAGAGGCUUUGACACUGGUUUCAUGGACGGGCAGGGUGAGCUUGGUGAGUGCUCAGAGGGGAUGCAGGAUGCAGGAGGGGGGUUGUGUUCUGGGUGUUGGUGGGUGCUGAUGCUCGUGCUGCUGGUAUACGAUGUAUGCAGUUUAUAUGAGUAAUCAUAUAAAUCAGAGAGCUGUUU